AUGCUUCGCGGGAUCGAGAAUCCCGAGUCUGUUGCUGCUCAUAUGUAUCAGAUGGCGUUAAUGUAUCUACAGUUAUUGGAAAGUAAUAGAGCUCAUACUAUAGAGAUGGCUAUUAUUUAUAAUGCGCUUGAAGCUUUUGCUGGAGAUAUCAUCCCAUCGGAUGGAGUGAGCUGA